CGCUCUGCAACUCAUCUCCUGAAGCCUGCCAAGCAGAAGAAAACAUUAUUCUUGAAUUGAAAAUAAUAUAAUUUUCCUCAUUGCUCUUCGAUAACUGGCUAGCAAAGUACCUAGUAAACAUUCGACGAGAAAAAACACACCAUGUCAAUGAUAGCAAAGGCCCCUCGGGCUUGGAAGACCGUGAAACACACUACAGCAGUACGCCCAGUGAGCAUAGCUUUUCGCUGCUAUACAUCCAAGUCCAACGCCGAGAUCGAAGCAACCUACCAAGAUGCUAUUCCAGCAAAAGAGACACGCCGUAGUUACUCUCUAUCGUCCGAGCCCAGUCUAAAAGAUACAGUGGCAUCAAUUAUACCCGCGAAACGGGAGCUUCUCAAGAAGCUGAAAAAGGAACAUGGCAGCAAAUCGAUUGGGGAGCUCAAAGUUGAAAGCGUCAUUGGAGGAAUGAGAGGCCUCAAAGCAAUGGUAUGGGAAGGCUCAUUGCUUGAUCCAAACGAAGGCAUUCGAUUUCAUGGAAAAACCAUCAAAGACUGCCAGCGGGAACUUCCCCAGGCUGCUAAUGGGACAGAGAUGCUCCCAGAAGCCAUGUUCUGGUUUCUGUUAACAGGCAAAGUGCCGUCAGCCAAGCAAGCACAUGCCUUCUCCAGAGAAUUGGCACAAAAAGCAGCCCUUCCCGAAUUCGUAGAGAAAAUGCUCGAUAACUUCCCCAAGGACCUCCAUCCAAUGACACAAAUGGCCUGCGCGGUGUCCGCACUGAACCACACUUCUGUUUUCGCAAAGAUGUACGAAAAAGGCAUGAAUAAAGCAGACUACUGGGAGCCGAUAUACGACGACUGCAUCUCCUUACUUGCGAAGCUGCCUACGAUCGCAGCAAAGAUAUACCAGAACUCCUAUCGCGGCGGAGGCGCUUUGCCCGCAGAGAUUGAUUUGGAGCAAGACUGGGCGUAUAAUUUUGCAGCCAUGCUUGGAAAAGGUGGCAGAGAGAACGUCGACUUCCAGGAUCUCCUGAGACUAUAUCUCGCGCUGCACGGGGACCAUGAAGGCGGCAACGUAUCAGCCCAUGCAACGCAUCUCGUUGGUAGCGCCUUGAGCGAUCCUUUUCUCAGCUAUAGCGCCGGCCUGCAAGGCUUGGCCGGACCUCUGCAUGGCCUUGCCGCACAAGAAGUUCUCCGCUGGAUUUUGCAAAUGCAAGAACACGUGGGCACAUCCUUCAGCGAGAAAGAAGUUGAAGAUUAUCUCUGGACGACGCUCAAAUCCGGUCGUGUGAUUCCUGGCUACGGCCACGCUGUGCUGCGACGACCAGAUCCUCGAUUCGAAGCGCUCAUGGACUUUGCUGCGUCACGUCCUUCGAUCGCACAGGACCCUAUCUUCCGCCUCGUCCAGACAAACGCAAAGAUAGCCCCCAAGGUCCUGACAGAACAUGGCAAGACAAAAAAUCCCCAUCCCAACGUGGAUUCUUCGUCCGGUGUGCUCUUCUACCACUAUGGAUUCCCCGAAACGCUCUACUACACCGUUACUUUCGGCGUAAGUCGAGGCCUGGGGCCCUUGGCGCAAUUAAUUUGGGACCGCGCAUUAGGUCUCCCGAUCGAGCGGCCGAAGAGUAUCACCCUGGAAGGGCUUUUGAAAGCUACCCAAACUGCAUCAUAGAUUCUUCUUCUUUAGAUAGUAGCGUCUCUCUCUGCAGUUUCUGAAUGAGCAUUUUCUUCCUCAUAGUUUAUCGCAUUAUAUUUAGAGCAUUAAGCCAUAAGGUUCAAUGAAGCAUUGCGUAUUCUUCUUUUCUUUUUUUGCCCCCCAGAACUCCCGUUUUGGUG